AUGCCCAGGUUUCAGCAAGUCGGCACCGUACUGGAGCUCAACCUGUUCCGCAACGAGAUGGGUCGAUCGAGAGGUAUGGGUGUUUUUCACAUCUCGGCAGUACAGAUCCGGGUUCAUAAUCGCUUUGGUCCUCCGGGUUCCUACGCACAGGGCUCAAGUUCGAACAGCGAACAGUCUGAGCAGCUCGCGCGCUUGCUGUGCAUGCCGCGUGCGGAUGGAAGCGUAACCCCGCGAUGGUUGGGGACGAUACCAAGUCUGGGUAGCCUCCUUGGGAUCGUGGAGCAGGAGGAGAUCCCCACCGAGAGCGCGGAGAAGGAUGCGCAGACUGCGCGAUUUGCUGUGGGUGAGUACGUCGAGUACCACAGUGCAUCUGCAGGAUCUUGGAUUCCUGCAAAGAUUGUGGUGGUUCGCGAAGACGGCUUGUAUGAUCUUGACUGCAAACAGGAGGUGCCACCGACAAAAGUUCGGCCGGCAACUUUUACAAAGCCAGAUUUCGAGGUUGGUGCAAGCGUUGAGUACUUGAGCGACACGCAGGGUGUAUGGAUACCUGCCAAGGUGAAGAUGUAUAAUGCCAUGGCCGGUACGUACGACCUCGAUUGCAAGCAACAUGUGCCUCCACGUAGGAUCCGGCUCCCAGCCGUCAGCACUCGCCCACCGAGCCCGGAGGAGAAGCAGGAGGAAGCAAGCGAUUCGAAAGAUGGCAUCGGAAUGGGCGGAGAAGCGGAAGAGGAGCUUGGGCCCCGGGUAUCCCACGUCAGCACAUGUCCCGUCGAGCACUUACUGCCUCAACAGGAUGGACCCAUCCAGCUUAUCAAAGUCUCCCGUCAUGGAACUUCUUGGCACUUCGAGUUGUGCCCGGAAGCGGUGAAGGUGCUCGAGGCCUGUGGUCAGGAGCAGCUCGCCGUGUGUACAGUCUGCGGUCCUUACCGCACAGGAAAGAGCUAUUUGCUGAACCUUCUCCUCGGACGCGGCCGACAGGGCACUAGCCAGUUCCGUGUCGGCUCCACGACACGAGCCUGUACAGACGGCUUGUGGAUGUGGGGUUUUGGGCGCGUGCGAGGGGGCAAUUCUCCAAGCCUUCUGUUCUUAGACUGCGAGGGCUUUGGAAGCACAGAAUCCGACAAGACACGAGAUGCCAAGCUCAUGUCUCUUUGCAUGCAAUUAUCUUCUGUAUUCUUGCUCAACACCAAGGGUGUCCUGAGCGAGAGUCUAUUUGGUGCGCUGUCCCUCGUGUGCAACAUGGCGGAGCAUUUCGAGGAGCAAGAAACGAGCAAGCCGGCACUCCUGUGGGUGUUGCGCGACUUCCUUCUCGAGCUGAUGGAUGACGGCAAGCGGCUGACACCGGAUGAGUACUUGGAGUCGACCCUGCACAAGAAGCCACCCGAGGGGGUGGACCCCCAGCGAUCACAAGCUGCCCGCGAGGUGCGAGAGAAUCUGUUGAGGUUCUUUCCGCAUCGUCAGUGUGCCACACUUUGUCAGCCGGCCAUCGACGAGCAGCAGCUCCGAGAGUUGCCAGAGGUGCCCUUUGAAAAGCUGCGAAAGGAGUUUAGGAAGGCUUUUCAAGAGCUUCAGACACGACUUUUCAGCUUGACAGACUCUCCGAAGACUAUUGGAGGCCAACCUCUCUGCGUGUCGCAGUGGACGGAGAUGUUGCGCAAGCUAGUGCGCUGCUUGAAUGAGGGCCAAUCCAUGCGAGUUGACGAUUCCUGGGCACAGGUGGAGCACACUAGCUGUGGCGAUCUUGUGUCUGAGUUGCGCGAACGAGCUUCUAGCGAGCUUCAGAAGGUACGGCAGGGCGGCCCAUUCCCCAUCCCUGGGGGUCGGCCAUUGCCCGUCUCAGACACAGUGCUGGUGUCUAGUCUCAAGGAAUGCCGAAGGGCCAUCCGCGAGGAGUUCCGUAGCCGUGCGGUGGGUGGGGAGUUGGUCAAGGCUUCCUACUGGAAGGAGCUGAAAGCUGCACUCCAAGAGGACGAGCAAUUUCUUCGGCAUCUCAAUGCCGAGUUGGCAGAGGCAUCCUUGCGCCAAGCAGGAGCGGACUGGACCGCUUGGCUUUCUCAAGACGAGGCCUCGGCAGCAGAUCCCCAGCCAGAGUCUUUGCUGAAGGCCUUUGGUUCGGAGCUUCCGGCACAGCCGGUGGCGCGUGCUGCCUGGGAUGCAGUCAGUUCUGCACGUAUGGCCAGGUUGAAAGCCGACGGUAUGCUCGAAGCUUCCAAGGCACAGCUCAAGCUUGUCACCGAAGAGUUGGAAAGCAAGGCAAUGCUGGCCGCUGCUGCAUCCAAGCAGGCGAUGCUGGCUGCUGAAAAAUCGAAGCUAGCCGAAGGAGAGCAGCUGGAGAAGAAUCGCGCAAUGGGCCAACUCCAAAGCCAGGUGGAGGCUCUUCAACAGCAGGUCCGAGAAUUCAUUGAGCGUGAAAGAACUCUCAAAGGGGACUUUAUCGAGCGUGAGAGGGCUCUCAAGGAGCAGGUUCUACAGGCAGAGCAGUCCCUGCGGAACGAGCAGCAUGAGAGGAGUGAGGUCGGCCGUGAAUCAGAGCAACGAAUUCAAGAGCUGCAAUCACAAGUAGCUGAACUUCGAUCCGAAGUUCUACAGUUGCAGGAGUGGAGGCAUGAGACUUCCGCAUCUCCAAGGGAUACUACCCGGCCGAAAUGCCGCGAUGAGAAAACUGCCGCCGCAAGCUCCUGGAGACGUAUCGCAGUGUCGACUCGAAUCAACGAGGAUGCCGCGACAACGUUUCUUCCGGUGCCUCCGAACAAGCCGAAGCGCCUUUCUCCAAGAAGCCUGAUGGUUCUUCGUAGCCGGCGGCUCGCACCAAGUCCAGAAACUCAACAGAGCGCUGGGCUGGAUUUCUUCGAUGAGCUCCACAGCUCGCAGGAGAAAUGCGCGCCUCUACCCAGCCUCCUUCAGAUGCAAACUUUCCAGAAGCAGAAGGCUACAGUGCGAGAGAGGUUGCAUGGCUUCGCCCUGUGUUGGGGUCGGCAGGAAGAGCGAGAGGUGAAGCUGCGAGAGAUGCUUCCGCAAUUGCACGACAUCUUCGAGGAUUGCAAGCAGGAUACUGCGGACGAUGCCAAGGAGGCACCCGAGUCCUCCGGGCCGUGGCAGUAUCAUGUCAAGGAGGCUGGCACAGACAGGCUUGCUCACAUCGUGGAAGAUGUGAUGGCGAAGAGUGAUUUGGUGAUUUCGGACAUCGCAUGA